UGUAAAAAUAAAAAGGAAGAUGACCAGAGGAAAGCUACUACAACCAGCAUGCCGAAGACGAAGUACCAGGAGAGCAGAAAUGAAAUAGAUGUCAUAAACAUUAUGAAGGAAUGUAAUGAAUCGUUUCGAAUACAAAUGUCGUAUUUAGAACAACUUAACAACAGUGGAAGCUUUCCAGAUGAAACCGACAAAACUCCCAAGUGUUACAUUCGUUGCGUGUUGGAAUCAAGCGGGGUGGCAUCAGAAGAAGGGCAGUUCGAUGCUGCAUCCGCUGCGGUAGUGUUAACACAACUUAACGACGGCUAUGACACUAACGAAUUAAUUGACAUGGCUUUGCAGUGUACAGAUAGAGAGGAGACGUGCAAAUGUGAAAGAUCCUACGAAUUCAUCAAAUGUAUAAUGGAGAAACAAAUAAACAAGAUAGAGAAUUCCAAAUAGCUAAUAACGAACCCAACACUGGCCCGAACAAGG